AUGCCGCGGCCGUCGCGCGAUACUUACGGAGAUCAAAAACCACCCUUCUCUUAUAUAUCGCUUACGGCAAUGGCGAUAUGGUCAUCGCGAGAUAAAAUGUUACCUCUCGCUGAAAUAUAUAAAUUUAUCGCCGACCGAUUUCCUUAUUAUCGAAAGGACACACGCCGAUGGCAAAACUCUCUCAGGCACAAUUUAUCCUUCAACGAUUGCUUCAUCAAGGUACCACGUGGACCGCACAGACCAGGCAAAGGUGCCUAUUGGGCCCUUCACCCAGGUGCUCUGUCCAUGUUCGAAAAUGGCUCGCUUCUUCGUCGUCGGAAACGUUUUAAACUUCACAAACCCGACAAGGAAUUGUUAAAAUCGGAACUUCAAGCGUUGGCUUCGGCGAUGCCACCACCUUGUUCGGACCAAUCGCCAGUUAAUAAUGUCAAUAACAGCCCGACGAGCAGUACGACGGGGACAGGCCUAAACGUAGCGAGUUUGCAUCGAUUGAGGGACGAUUUAUUACGUUGGGAAAUGGAGGAAAGACGAAUGAUGAUAAGUUCGGCUGGUUCUGGAAGUAAUGCAGGUUUUCCGAACGGCUCGAGUCCGAGUCCAAGCGGAUUCGAUGCCAAUAACGAAGCUGUUGCCGGAUAUUAUCUGUUGUCGCCGGAAGUUAGACAAAGAUUGACCAGUACAGAGAGUAGCAACGAAAUUCUAAGGACGUACGAAGCUGCCCUGCUUCAAUCGGGCACAUGGAAUUUUUCCGCGUUCCCUGUUUCACCGUACGUAUCUCAAUUAUCUUAUCUACAACAAACAACGGGACAGCUUCAACCAUCCAACACCGAAUCCCCGGAUGCACGUCGACUUUGUACUCGUACAUCUUUACCCGGACUCGACGUCAGAGAAAACAACGAACGUUUCUUGGCCGAUAAUAACAAUCCUUACGAACUGGGUUACCGCGAUAACGUUAACGAGGACGAAUCCUUGUCGUCUUCAUCGAGGAUCAGUGCGAUCUAUGGUAGCAUCGUCACGGCACCGCCAUCGCCAACUUCAUCCAUCUCACCUGGCUCACCUAUUUCUAAAAAUUAUCGAGCAAACAAUCGAUCCUCGCCAUUACUUAGCAUAACUACCGACCAAAUCACCAAUUUAACAACGGAUCAUGUCACGACGUCUCAGGCAUCCUCGCCGAAUAAUCGAGAUCCUAUCGUUAAUUUAACUUCGACCAUCAACAAUACCAGCCUAUCGUCCUCACUAGGCAUUGGGAAAAAAACGAAGAAACCUUUCACCAUAGAGAACAUCAUCGCACCUGACGAAAACGAAUUAACCGAACCGAAAAGUGUGUCGUCGCUUGAUUCGACAACGAAAAAGUCACCGCUAUUAGCACCAAGACCACUUUAUGCUGCUGGUUAUCCUUUACCUGUUGCUACUUCGGCUAUUCAAAGACAUUCCUAUGGAGCUGCGACUUAA